AUGUCCGACGUCGAUAGUAAGAAAAGAACACAGCCAGCAUGGCAAGCACCAACAGGUAGCAAGAACUCACAGUUGUAUCUUUAUAACAGUUUAACGAGACAAAGAGAACUGUUUAUUCCACAGAAUGGAAAACAAGUAUUAUGGUAUAGUUGUGGUCCCACGGUUUAUGAUGCUUCGCAUAUGGGUCAUGCUCGGAUGCUGGGAAAUAGUUUUGACUGGUCGAAGACCACACUGACAAUAAAGGAAUUCUAUAUCGUUGGUCUACAUAUCUUUGACAUUUUACGCCGUAUUUUGAGUGAAUAUUUCAACUAUGAUGUUGUUUACUGUAUGAACAUUACUGACAUUGAUGAUAAAAUAAUCAGAAGAGCACGUCAGAAUUACUUGUAUGAGGAGUACAAGAAGACUGUGCAAUGUCCUAUGAAAUUAUUACAAGAUGUUCAACCUGCCGUCAAGGUCUAUCAAGAAAAACUUCUCAAUGAAACUGAUCCUGAUAAAAAGACAAUGCUGGAAAAAAUUCUGAAGAAGGUGGAAGAUGGAGUUACUAAACUUAAACAGUACUUGAACAAUGAUUCCAGUCAAGAUAAUAGUGUCAUACAGAAAGUUCUAGAAGAUUCUCGGGAUGUUCUUGCUGACUGGCUGGAUGCCAAGUCUGGACAUGAGGUCACAGACAACUCUAUUUUUUCAUUAUUACCAAAAUAUUGGGAAGAGGAGUACCACCGUGAUAUGGCUUCGAUCAAUGUAUUACCAGCUGAUGUGUUGACCAGGGUGAGCGAUUAUAUUCCAGAAGUUGUUGAAUAUGUCAAGAAAAUAAUAGACAAUGGAUACGGAUAUGUAUCUAAUGGCUCAGUAUAUUUCUCUGUAUCAACUUUUGAUAAUGAUCCAAAUCACUCGUAUGCUAAAUUAGUACCAGAAGCUGUUGGUGAUUGUAAAGCAUUGGAGGAAGGGGAAGGUGAUCUGAGUAUUUCACAGGAUAGAUUGGAUGAGAAAAAAUCACAAGUAGACUUUGCUGUGUGGAAGAAAUCGAAGCCAGGUGAGCCAGCGUGGGAUUCACCAUGGGGAAAGGGUCGUCCCGGUUGGCACAUUGAAUGCUCCGUUAUGGCAAGCUGUAUCUUGGGAGAAUCAUUAGAUAUUCACACUGGUGGAUUUGAUUUACGAUUUCCACACCAUGACAAUGAACUUGCACAAGCUGAGGCAUACUAUGGUAACGACCACUGGGUGAGAUAUUUCCUCCACUCCGGCCAUCUCACGAUACAGGGCUGCAAAAUGUCUAAAUCACUCAAGAAUUUCAUUACAAUCAAAGACGCGCUGGAGAACCACACUUCAAGACAGUUGAGAUUAGUAUUUCUGCUGCAUUCAUGGAAAGACACACUGGAUUACUCUGAUAAUACCAUGGAGAGUGCCGUACAGUAUGAGAAAUUCAUUGGUGAAUUCUUUUUAACUGUGAAAGACAUCUUGAGGAAUGCGGCAGAUGGACCGGAAAAAUUCUUAAAAUGGGGAGAAUCUGAGCUAAAACUGAAUGAACAAUUUCAGGAGUGUAAAUGUAAAGUGCAUGAUGCAUUGUGUGAUUCUGUAGACACUCGCAGUGCAAUGGAGCGUAUGAGAGAUUUAGUCGGUAAUAGUAAUAUCUAUAUACGUGAUAUGAAAGCAGCAAAACUAUUACCAAAUAGUAUACUACUACGAAAUAUUGCUGUCUAUCUCACCAAAAUUCUGAAGAUAUUUGGAGCUAUUGAAGGAGAUGAAACAAUCGGUUUCCCUAUGAGUGUAGGAGAUAAUAACACCAAUGUGGAAGAUACAGUAAUGCCGUAUGUCAAGGUAUUCGCCGAUUUCCGAGAUAAGGUGCGACAAGUGGCGAGAGAACAAAAAGUUGUUGAAGUUUUAAAGUUGUGUGAUGAAGUUCGAGACGAUAUUUUACCAGAAUUAGGUGUGAGGCUAGAGGACCAUGAAGGGCAGCCCACUGUGGUUAAACUCGUUGAUCGAGAAACGUUAAUGAAAGAAAAAGAACAAAUGAAAAAGCUAGCAGAGGAAAAACAAAGGAAGAAAGAAGAAGCUAAACAAAAAGAACGAGAACGCCAAGCAGCCAAAGAAGCUCAGCGGCGUAUUCCGCCAUCAGAGCUGUUUUCAAAUUUGAAUGAUCAGUACUCUCAGUUUGAUGAUCGGGGAAUACCAACGCAUGAUGCAAAAGGCGAAAAACUCAGCAACAAACAAGUCAAGAAAUUAACUAAACAAUACGAACAACAAGAGAAAGUACAUAAUGAAUAUUUAAAAAGUCAAUCCAAAGAUUGAAUACUAUAAAACUAUCUUAAUUA